AUGGCAUCUCUCAACCUUUCAUCCAACGGUCCCUCGAUAUCCAAAAGCUACCAAACAGUAGUGAAUGCCCCUCCUCCAUCUGCAAGCGGACAGUCCCCGACCGCUGCUCAAUGGGCCGUGUUCUCGGUCUCUACCCCGCUGGUCAGUGCUUUUCAGCAGGACGGAGGCAAGGAGAGUGUUUUAAAGGUCCAGAGCUCCGGAGAGGGUGAAUUGGCCGAUCUGAUCGAAGAGUUCUCCGAAGGACGAGUGCAGUUCGCAUAUGUGAAGGUGACGGACCCAAACACCGGGCUUCCCAAGAACGUCCUGGUUGGGUGGUGUGGAGAAGGUGUGCCUGAACGGACAAAGGGAUAUUUCACCAGCCAUCUGGCUACCGUGUCCAAGUUCCUUCAUGGAUACCAUGUGCAAGUGACCGCCCGCGCAGACGGAGAUCUCACCCCCGAGGGAAUCAUUCAACGAGUGGCCGAUUCCUCCGGCUCCAAGUAUUCCGCAGGCGAGGCUCCGGCCCCCGCCCCGGCCCCCCGACCCGCAGUGGCCAGUAAGCCGGCCUUCACACCAACUCGAUCCGGAGGCAUCCCACCGAACCCCGCCGCGCGCGUGCAGCCCGUCUCAAGAGCCAAUGUCGACAAUGAUGGGUGGGGUGAUGAUGCCCCUCCCGUCACUCGAACCCAACUGGAGAAGGUCCAACCCGCCUACCAACCCACUAGAGUGAACCUGCAAGAACUGAAAUCCAACCCAACUGCCACUCGUCAGCCCGCGGCUUCGUCGAACGAUUCUGCAGAUGUUGUGCGAGGAGGAUACCAGCCAGUGGGCAAGGUGGACAUCGCCGCGAUUCGGAGGCAAGCCGCCGAGUCGGGUCAGUUGAAAGAUGAGCGCCCAUCGACGGUGAAGGGCUCUUAUGAACCGGUUGGAAAGGUUGAUAUUGCUGCUAUUCGCGCCAGAGCACAGAAGCCCGAAGGCGCCAGCGGCGGCUUUUCGCCGAGCCCUGCAACCCCGGAGCCGGCGACGGCCUUGCCUGAACGACCUGCGCCCUCGGUUGGCUCGGGGCGCUUGACAGAUCUACCAAAGCCUAAGGUCGCCAACAAGUUUGGAGGGGGCCCCUCUUUCCCCGGAACCAAACCACCUCUCCCCGUGGGUCUUAACUCUAAACCGUCGGCGGCCGCACCGGUUGGCGUCGCCAGCCGAACUUUCGCCGAUGAGGGAGGAAAGACCCCCGCUCAAAUUUGGGCCGAACGCAAGGCCAAGGAGCGUGGCACCGCUUCUUCGGGUGCUGCUGAGCCUGCUCCCAUUCCCAUCCAAAGCCAGCCCAGUGGCCAAGGGGAAUGGAAGAGCUCUUAUGCCGGCAAGUCCUGGGCUCCCGUCCAGACCGCGCAUGAGAGAUCACACUUGCCUGAACCAGUGGCUGAUGCCCGGGCCAAUGAGCAAUCCGAAGAGCAAUUCCAGCCUCAGGCGAGAGAAGUACGUGAGACCUUUGCUCAGGAGACCCCUGCGCCUCCUGCACCUCCCAUUCCUCAGGCUAGUCGCCCGGUGCCUGUCCCUGGGCUCUCUGCACCCGAGCCCGAGCCCGAGCCCGAGCCCGAGCAUGAUGCUCAGCAGGUGCUCCCACCGCCUCCACCUCAGCCUCGUUCCCCGACCCCUCCCAGCCCACCUGUGCGCGAUAGCUCGCCCAUCCGCAUCGCCAUGCCCGUUGCCCAGACUGCCCCAGAAGCUACUGAGGUGGCCGACGCCCACGAGGAACAACACUCGCCCCCUCCCACUAUGCCCAUCAGAAGUUUGCAGGAGACCGUUCCAGACGAGCGGGAUCUGGAGGAUGAUUCUCACGAUCUUGGCCGUGCUGCAGCCGAGGCUACCGCCCCGGAGCCGGAGCCGUCCCAGGGUGGACCCCGAGCCCAGAUCCAGUACGACUAUGAGAAGGCCGAGGAUAACGAGAUUGAACUUCGUGAGGGUGAGUAUGUGACCGAUAUUGAAAUGGUGGAUGAGGACUGGUGGGUGGGUGUCAACUCCCUGGGCGAGCGUGGUCUCUUCCCGGCCAACUAUGUUGAAAUUGUUGACGACGGGGCUGCACACGCGCCCGCGCCCGUUCAUCACCACGAGCCCGAGCCCGAGCCCGAGCCCGAGCCCGCGGCUGCCCCUGCCCCUGUCCCCGCUCCUGCUCCUGCCGCUGUUCCUCCCCCACCAGCCCCGGCCGCGGCCCCCGCUGCUGCUGCUCCGGUCUCAAAGGGCCGGACUGCCACGGCACUGUAUGACUACGAAGCCGCCGAGGACAAUGAGAUCGGUUUCCCCGAAAAUGCGAAGAUUAGCAAUGUGGAAUUCCCCGAUGAUGACUGGUGGUUGGGUGAAUACAAUGGUCACCAAGGACUCUUCCCUGCCAACUAUGUGCAAUUGGAUCAAUGA